AUGAGAUUCAUUGCACUGAUAUUAAGUUUAAUUUCAUUAGAUGCUUAUGAGUAUUGGAUUGUCUAAUAUAGCGCUUUCACUUCUAAUAACAUAGUUGAUAACGAAGGUUUUAUUCUAAUUUAUUUAGGUUGGUGGGUCUAAGGAAGUAGUGGAUAAUUAACUAGCUUCUGUGGUGCAGAGUCAUUAUUUGGAGGUUAUAACGCAUUUGGAUCUGGGGUUAGUGUUUCAAAAAUAAUCUCUCUUCCACCUCAUUAUAAAAUACGUGUUUCUUUAGAGUUUUGGAAGUAUUAAUAAUAAUAAGAAAUAGAAUAGAUAGUUGGGAUGAUGAAUUUGUAUAUUUUAUACUUGAUGAUUAUGUAUAAACAGCUACAUGGUAUUGGAAUACUGGAGAUGUGAUCUGUGGUAAUCCAGAUGAAGUAUAAAAUUGGAGAGAAGUUAAAACAAAUUAUGUAUUCGAAUUUUCUCACUAAGAACCAACACUUGUUGUUAUUAUUACAACUAAUUUAGAUGAAAGUCCAUAUACAGUAUUUGAAUGAUUUAUUAAGGAAUCAUGGGGAUUUAGAAAUUUUAAGGUAGAGGCAUAAUACUGUUCACCAGGCUGUUUAUUGUGCAAUAAUGAUACUCCUGAUGAAUGCUGGUAUUAUUUAUUAGUCGAAAUGAACUGGUUUGAUAAUUUUAAUUUUGAUGGGUGGACUCUUGAUAAUUAAGAGUUUCUUACCAAAAACUCAUGUGCUAACAUUUGGAUAAUAGGAGGAGUUAAUUCAAUAACAGGAAGUAAAUAAUUAUCAAAGUAUUAUACUUCUUUGGAUGCUCAUUAUAAAAUAAUCUUACAAGUUUAGAUAUGGAAAUUUGAUAUAUGGAAUAAUAACUAAUUUUAAAUAGAGAUCGAUGGGUAAGUUAGUGGAUAAGCAGUUUUCAAUUAAGAAGGAGUUAUUCAAUUAUGUGGUGAUAGUAGUGGAGGAGAACAGUUAUUAAACAUUCGUCUGGUGAGAUCUCAUACAUCAAAUAAUAUGCAAAUUAAGAUGAAAUCUAAUUUACCUUCAUCAAAUGGAUCUUGGGGAUUGAGAGCAUUUAGAUUAUUUUUAGUUAAAUGCUAUUAAACAUGUCUUCUUUGUUUUGGACUAUCUAUAAAUAACUGUUCAUAAUGCAAAACUGGAUAUAUUUUGCAUAAUUCUGAAUGUGUAGAUGGUAUACUUUGAACUAUAUUUUAGUAAAAUGGAUUUUGGCUUAAAAACAAUAUUUCCAACCCUCUGAUUUUUAAACUUAAAGUGGUUGGACUAUAUCAAAUGUAUAUAAUAAUUAAUCUCCAUUUUAAAUUUGUUCUAAUACAAAUUUAUUAGGAGGAUACUCAUUAUUAGGCAAAGAUGCUUCAAUAGGAUUAAAUUUUGAUCUUCCUAAACACACAAAAAUAAGAGUCCAAUUAGAAUUUUGGAAAUUUGAAACUUGGGAUAAUGAAUGGUUUAAAGUAUUUGCUAAUGGAAUUCAAGUUUAUUAAGUAUAAUUUGGAUAAAAUGGAGUGCAAGUAAUUUGUGGCUCAAAUUAAAAAGAAGCUUAUACAAAGAAUUUAGAUUUUGAAUUUAAUCAUGUUUAGCCUAAUAUCAAUUUGGUUAUGACAACUUCAUUAGAUGAACUCGCUGAAAAUGAAUCUUGGGCAAUUAGAAAUUUUUAAUUAUUUUAUGGGGUUCCUAAGGAGUGCAGUAACUCUGUUAUUGAUUCAGUUACCAUGCCUGCUUUCAUUGGAACUAAUUAUAUUUAAUCCACAUAAUAUUCAUCUGAUCAGACUUUGCAAAAUAAAAUUGAAAUAUCUGAAUUAGGAAUCUCUUUGUAGCCUAAUUUUGAUCAACUAAUAUCUGUUGAUUCUUCAAUAAAAAAAUUAUCAGUAUCUAUAAUAUGGUAAUGUUUUAUAAAUGAUCUUACAUUUUCCAUUUCAAUUUUACAAAGCAGUUAUCCAGAUUACAAAACAGGAACAGCAAUAUGUAAAUAACAACGAUCCAAUGUAGUAAAAUCCUCUUUGUUUCUAGAAAGAACAAUAAUCUAAUAAUCAUAAAUUAGAUUAUUAGCGACUUCAACAUCCUUUUAGAUUUUUUAAAUCGUUGAUGGUUAAACUAUAAAACACUACGAAAUGAAACUGAUUUGA